UAAAACUUUCUUGUUGAGCUACCUACUUAAGGAUUUGAAGACACCAAAAAAAAAAGGGUGAAAAAGAUAAAAAGCACAAAGAUCAGGGGUCUCGUUGCCCUCGGCGUCAAUUAAAAAGACCAACCACUACCAAACAAUCAUGUACUAGACUGCUAGUAGUCUUAACAAAUCCAUUCCCAAUUCAUCAGUUUCCACUCAGAGAAAUUUCCCAGGCACCUCAUCGUUAAUUGUUGCCCUCCCAACUGAAGCUAUGCUAUGACCUCAUCAGUGGCGCCACUGCUUCAACCCCGAGAUAAUUUCUCAAGCGUUAAACUACUAGCAGAAUCACCAGGCCUCGAUUCCAUCCCUUCUAGUUAUGCUUACUUCAACACCCACCCCCAUGAGUCUAUUGCUUCAGACCCUCAAGUUUCAAUCCCCGUCAUCGAUUUUUCACUCCUUAGCUCCAACAAUCCUGAUCAGCGUCUUCAAGCUAUCCGUGACCUUGGAAGAGCAUGCCAAGAUUGGGGCUUCUUCAUGCGCGUGCAGGUGGUGAAUCAUGGCAUACCAGAAAGUCUGAUGAAUGCCAUAUUUGAUGUUACCAACGAGUUUUUCAACUUGGCGGAGGAGGAAAAGAUGGGAUAUGAAACUAAGCAUGUGUUGGAUCCCAUCAGGUAUGGCACCAGCUUCAAUGCUUCCAAAGAGCAAAUCUUCUUGUGGAGGGACUUCCUCAAGGUCUUCGUCCAUCCUGACUUUCAUUGUCCUCGUAGCCCCAGAGUUUUCAGUGAACUUUUGGAGGAAUACGCCAAGAGAACUCGAGGAGUCGCGAGGGAAUUGCUUGGAGGAAUAUCACAAAGCCUUGGUCUAGAAGAAGGAUACAUAGCAAAAUUACUGGAUUUCGAUUCAGGUGUGCAGAUAUAUGUAGCAAAUUACUAUCCGCCGUGUCCUCAGCCUGAGCUAGCAAUGGGCAUAGCCCCGCACUCGGAUCAUGGUCUCCUCACCCUUCUCCUACAAAAUGGAGUGGGAGGGCUGCAAAUCCAACACAAUGGGACAUGGGUUAAUGUCAAUGCGCUUCCAAACUCUUUUCUGGUCAAUACCGGUGACCAGCUUGAGAUAGUGAGCAACGGGAAAUACAAGAGUAUUUUGCACAGAGCAGUGGUGAAUAACAAAAUGAAAAGAAUUUCCAUAGCCAUGGUUAAUGGUCCAUCAUUCGACGCAUGUGUUGCCCCGGCCUCUCCCCUGCUGACCGGCGGUCAUGGUAAUCAAAUUCCAGGUUUGUACGCUCCAAUGAAGUACAGGGAGUAUCUGGAGAUGCAACAAGGCAAUAAACUUGAUGGGAAAUCCUGCUUGGAUCGAGUCAAGGCAAUUACAAGAGAGGCAAGAGAAUUUGAGCUUGGACAAUCAAGAUACUAUGCAACGCUGGUAUCAAACGCAUUUUUGUGGCAAUUCUUCCUCUUGGGGGCCAUUGGAGUCACUUUUCUUGUCUCAGCAUUGCUCUCUGGUAUCGUAAUUGCUACUCUGCUGCCGGUGACAGAGUCCUUAGCGGUAUUGUUCUUCCAUGAAAGAUUCCCAGUUGAAAAAGGAAUUUCUCUUGCUUUGUCUCUUUGGGGUUUCCUCUCUUACUUCUACGGCGAACUCCAAGAGAUCAAGAAAAAGAAGAAGGAAGUAGAAUUAGGGUCCGUUUGUACUUGAAUCAUUGGCGUUAUUAGUGGCAUACCAUACAUGUUUUAGUUGGUGUUUGUGAAUAGGAAGCCUGUGGCUUCUACUCCAGGAAGGGCUGCUUUGAAGGUUAUCUGCUUGAAUUGGGACAUUGUAGCUGUCUUUUGUGCUUACAAUGAAAAAUGAAGAAAUUCAAGCUUCUGUACAAUCACACAAAUAUUUGUUUUUUAUCUAA